CAGAUCUCCACCCCAGUUGUGGAGUACCCAGGUGUUGCGGUGUCCAUGUUUUAAGCAUCAUCAGCUCUCCUUCGCACUUGUCUUCCUUGGGAUUCAUAAACUGCUGACUUGUACCUCGCCGCCAUUGUUCUUACUUCGACGUCUGGGCCAGAUUACUGCAACUAAUCAAGAUGAACUUCUUCAAGAAGGCUCAGGAGUUUGCCGAUACGGGUAUCGACCAUACGGCACCACCAGCUACUGCAGGAACCAAGGAUGCAGGAUUCGGAGGCUUAAUGAGCACCGCAUCAGACAUGUUCAAGGCUCAAAACGCGCCGACUGAGAAUGCAGCGCCAGCAACUUCGCCUGGUGGCCGAGCCGUCCCAACUAACGAGGAGUUAAUGGAAAGCAGCCAGGUACUUCUCGGUGCUGCCCAGGGCCAAAAAAUUGAGAACACCAAGCUUGCAGGAGCUGCCGGAGAUAUUCUGAGUGGGUUAGCAGCGUAUGGGAAGCUGGAUGAAGGGCAGUACUCUACAUACAUCAAGCAAGCUGAAGAUUACCUCCAGAAGUACUCCGGAGAGGACGCACCAGCCUCUGUUGCAAAGGAAGCAGCAGUUACUUCUGAUGCAGUUCCUGCUGCCGAAAAGGAGGCAUCUGAGGUUCCGGUAUCAGAGAAGGAAGUAUCUGAGGUUCCAGCGGCAGUGAAGGAAGUAUCUGAGGCUGCACCUACCGAAAGUGCUGUAGCACCUGCAGCUGACACUCCCGAUCGUGUGGCUACUUCCGAUGAGAAGGCCUAAACUAUAGCACCAAAAGCUUACCCUGUUUCCCCUGACCUUGAGCACUGCUGCACAUGUUUCGAAGCUUCCGAAACCCAAACUCUGCGUGGUUUGGAUUUACAGUAAAUCCUCCUCGGGCAGCUGUUUGUGUCUGCACAUUGGAAAGCAGAAGUGAAAAGUUACAAGAUUCCAGCGUGGAAUGCGGAGAAGUUGCAUGUAAAUUAAUUGUAACUCAGAUGUAAGAUUUGCCUACAAUUUAGGUUGCUAUUUGUAACAGGCAGGAUAUGAGAGUUUAGAAUAAAGCGUGUCUACAUCUUGCUUAAAAACCGUGUGCAGGGGUUGCUUGUACUUGUUACUCUUUUAUUGCAUGACUUCUAUUCCUUAUGAGGGCAGCA